GAAAAUGUGAAUUAUACUCACUACCUAAUUAUGAUAAUGACCAAGAAACGAAAGUUGUACUGCAACAAUUUGAUGAUGGCAUAUCACGAUGAUUUCGAGAAUUUGAAAAAAGAAUGUAAAGAUCAAUGCCAUAAAGAAAUCCAGCAAAUUGUUUUAAAAGACAAAAUAGAAAAAGAAUUAACAGAAACGUUAGCGGCAUUAUACAGGGCUAUAUUUACUGAUGAUAUACCCACAUGUGUUUUCGAAAAAUCUUUAUUACACAAAGUGGAAAAAACAUUUUUGAAAUUCGCAGGUAUAUUAGCUGGUGGUGUGGAACCAACAGUUGGUUUCUUAGGUAUAGUUGCUGUAAAUUAGUUGACAAAAGCUACUACGAUUGCUUCGAUUGCAGGUGCAAAACAAGUGUGUAUUAAAGCUGUUAUUGAUAAAAUAAUAAAUAUGCUUCCUUUUUCUGAUGUUACAAGGGAUAUAUGGGUAACGCUUAUUAAUUCAAAAAAUUAUAAUACUGUUAGUGGUCUAGCAGCAGAUGAUAAGAAUGCUAAAGAAGCAGUUGGAACAUGUCUAAGGAAUGCUCCUAGCCUUAAGCCUGCUUGCGAUGCCAUAUUUAAUAAGAGCAAAGUAUGGUUUGGUCCAGCUAAAUAAGCUGGUAUUGAAGCUUCUUCCAAUAAAGCAGCAUCAAUUGAAGCAGUUGAAUUUGGUAAGAUAACAACUGCAAGUACUAGUUAUUAUACUGCUAUUGUUGCUUCAAUUUUUGCAAUAUUAGUUAUAGUUUUGGUUAUGUUUGUUAUUUA